UUGGCAGGCGGGGCGGAGGGAGAGGAGGGCUCGCAGGAGCUGAUAUGUCCGCCAUCUUGGAGCGUCGGUGAUGGUGGCAAGCGGUGGCUUUCCCGCCUAAGCGGAGGCAGCCUGGGGCCUGUGGCGGGGGAAGGUACUUGCUGAGGAAGAAAUCUGCUUCAUCUAAUUCAGUCCUAAUUCAGUCCUGCUAAUCUGCUAAUACUGUAGAUUGAAAGAUUUUUUUGCUGUUGCCAGGAUACCCUGUAAUGGGCAAGGAGCCUGAGAAAAUACAAAUCGUUCUGUUUUUUUAACUUUAAAAAAAAACUUUUGUGUUUAACAGGGAGCAUGUUUUAAAGUGUUUUGGUUUUGUGCCAGGAGGUGUAUCUGCUGCCCAGCCUCCAAUUCUUUGGAAGAGUUUCAAAGCAAAUGUGUUCAUGAACUGACAUGUAUUAGAUAGUGAAAUUUUGUGCGGAGCACUCCUGAUUUGUGGACAUAAGGCCUAAUUCUGACUCUGUUAAUGGGACAGAAAUUUGAAAAAGCAUGAAGGACCUGGGCUCCUGUUGAAAAGUGAUGGAAUAAUCUCUGGCCGGCACCUGACAUGUUGAGGGAGCACCCCCUAAAAGAGCUUGCCUGGGAGACAGUUUGUGAAAUAACGCAGUAACAUGUUUGCAGUAACCAGCAUGUUUUGGAAAUUUGAUCUCCAUUCAUCAUCCCACAUAGAUACGCUUCUAGAGAGAGAAGAUGUAACACUGAAGGAAUUGAUGGAUGAAGAGGAUGUUCUGCAAGAGUGCAAGGCUCAGAAUCGCAAACUUAUAGAGUUUCUGCUGAAAUUAGAAUGUUUGGAAGACUUAGUUUCAUUUAUUAUCGAAGAGCCACCUCAAGACAUGGAUGAAAAAAUUCGAUAUAAAUACCCAAACAUAUCAUGUGAGCUGCUCACAUCAGAUGUCUCACAGAUCAAUGACAGGCUGGGAGAAGAAGAAUCCUUACUUAUGAAACUGUACAGCUUCCUCUUAAAUGAAUCUCCUCUAAACCCUCUACUGGCCAGUUUCUUCAGCAAGGUGCUAAGUAUUCUUAUAAGCAGAAAGCCAGAACAGAUUGUCGAUUUUUUAAAGAGGAAACAUGAUUUUGUGGACCUCAUUAUUAAGCACAUAGGGACCUCUGCUAUCAUGGACUUGUUGCUCAGGCUACUGACUUGCAUAGAACCUCCACAGCCCCGGCAAGAAGUAUUAAAUUGGCUAAAUGAGGAGAGAAUUAUCCAGCGGCUUGUGGAAAUUGUACAUCCAUCUCAAGAUGAAGAUAGGCAUUCAAAUGCAUCACAGUCACUCUGUGAAAUUAUUCGUCUAAGCAGAGAUCAGAUGUUACAAGUACAGAACAGUUCAGAACCUGAUCCACUGCUUGCAAGUCUAGAGAAACAAGAAAUCAUAGAGCAGCUGCUGUCUAAUAUUUUUCAUAAAGAAAAAAAUGAAUCUGCAAUAGUCAGUGCAAUCCAAAUACUAUUGACCUUACUUGAGACAAGACGACAGACAUUUGAAGGCCAUAUAGAGAUCUGUCCUCCAGGCAUGAGCAAUUCAACAUACUCGGUCAACAAAAGUGUUUUAGAAGCCAUAAAAGCACGACUUUCAUCCUUCCAUGAACUCUUACUUGAGCCUCCAAAAAAAAGUGUCAUGAAGACAACCUGGGGUGUAUUGGAUCCACCUGUGGGAAACACACGUUUGAAUGUGAUUAGAUUAAUAUCUAGCCUUUUACAGACAAAUACAAGCAGUGUGAAUCAGGAGCUUAUAGAGCUGAACAGCAUAGGAGUAAUACUGGACAUGUUCUUUAAGUAUACAUGGAAUAACUUUUUGCAUACUCAAGUAGAAAUCUGUAUUGCAUUGAUUCUCGCAAGCCCUCUUGAAAGCACAGAAAAUGGCACAAUUACAGAUCAGGAUUCUGCUGGUGACAAUCUCUUACUGAAACAUCUCUUCCUUAAGUGCCAAUUGAUAGAACGAAUACUUGAAGCAUGGGAGAUGAAUGAGAAGAAACAGGCUGAAGGAGGAAGACGACAUGGCUAUAUGGGUCAUCUGACAAGGAUAGCAAACUGUAUUGUGCAUAGUACAGAUAAGGGGCCAAACAGUACGCUAGUCCAACAGCUCAUUAAAGAGCUUCCAGAGGAGGUCAGAGAGCGAUGGGAGACUUUCUGCACAAGCUCUUUAGGAGAAACUAACAAGAGGAAUACAGUAGACCUGGUUACUACCUGCCACAUUCAUUCUUCCAGUGAUGAUGAAAUUGAUUUUAAAGAAACUGGCUUCUCACAGGAUUCUUCUUUGCAGCAGGCCUUUUCUGAUUAUCAGAUGCAACAAAUGACGUCCAAUUUUAUUGACCAGUUUGGCUUCAACGAUGAGAAGUUUGCUGAUCAAGAUGACAUCGGCAAUGUUUCUUUUGAUCGGGUCUCAGACAUCAACUUUACCCUCAAUACGAAUGAAAGUGGCAAUAUAGCCUUGUUUGAGGCAUGCUGUAAGGAGCGGAUACAGCAGUUUGAUGAUGGUGGCUCUGAUGAAGAAGACAUUUGGGAAGAAAAACAUAUUGCAUUUACACCAGAGUCCCAGAGGCGUUCUAGUUCGGGCAGUACAGACAGUGAAGAAAGUACAGAUUCUGAAGAAGAGGAUGGAACAAAACAAGACUUGUUUGAAUCGCACACCAAUACAGAGGACAAAAUGGAAGUAGACCUAAGUGAACCACCAAACUGGUCAGCUAACUUUGAUGUACCCAUGGAGACUGCACAUGGUGCCAAUUUGGAUUCUGUUGGGUCUGAUGUGUGGAGUACAGAAGAACCUAUGCCAGCAAAAGAAACUGGCUGGGCAUCCUUUUCAGAGUUCACAUCCUCUUUGAGCUCAAAAGAUUCCUUAAGAAGUAAUUCUCCUGUGGAAAUGGAAACAAACGCAGAUCCAGUUGACCCCUUGAGUGCAAAUGUACCUGCUCUUGCAACACAGCUAGAGACUCCAGGAAGUGUUGCUAUGGAGGCCAGUUCAGAUGGAGAGGAUGAUGUAGAAAAUACAGACAAGGUAACUGAAACAGUAAUGAAUGGCAGCAUGAAGGAGACACUGAGCCUUACUGUAGAUGCUAAGACUGAAACAGCUGUUUUCAAAAGUGAGGAAGGAAAAUUGUCUACCUCGCAGGAUGCUUCUUGUAAAUAUGUAGUAGAAGAGAACACAGAGGUUGCAGAAGAGGCUCCUUCAGCUCUGCAGCCUACUAACAGCAGUCCUGAACAGAGGACUGAUCAACACACCCAUUUAGGAGAGGCGUCUGUUAAUGGCCCUGUAUGAUGUGUGAUGUCUACUGCCUUGGCUGAAGAAAAUGAACUGAUAUAUCCAGGUGUUCGAGUGUUUCUUGAGGAUUUCAUCUAGACCCUGUUGAAGCCAGUCACUGCUGCACUAAUUUCGCAAGGGAUCAGGACCAGCAACAUUUAUAUUCUAGAUUUUAAGACAUUGUACAGAAAUUCAUAAGUGUAAAAAUAUUGCACAUUGAGAAAUACCAAUAAUUUUUGCGUAUGUUUAUAUUGUAUUGUUCUAAAUAAUGGGUGGCCUGUGAAAUAAGAUCCUGCUACCCAUGUAAUGAUGACAGUAGUGUUACUAUAGUUAAAAUGGCUGUAAGAAUAGUUUUAUAAAAAAGUGAAUACACAAAUCUAAUGUAUUUGAGACAUAACUAUUUGACUAUUAGUGUGACCAAAGUAUUUAGCAGUUUUCAUACAUUUUUCACCUUGUAAAAAGAGAAGAAAAAAAAUGAAUUCAUGUUUCUUCUGAAACUGAAAUGCCCUAUAAAUGUUAUUUUGGUUGUUUUAGCUUACAAAAAGUGAUUUAAAUAAGAAUUUUUUGGUGUUCAGCAUUUUACAACAGGUUUUUAAAUUGGUAAUUGUUUUCUGUAUUGUUUAAAACAGAUCAAAAAUGUAAGUCUAUUGGUAGAGAUUUUAAGUAUUUAUUGCUACAACUUAGUUGACAAAUUGAUGUUACUGUAAAGCCAUAUGUUCUGUUAAGUCUUGUUUGCUUGAAACAAUACCUUACAGGUGAAACACUAGAAUAUUUGAAGUGCACAUGGCUUGUUGUGUUUAAGUGAUUCACCUGCCUUUUAACCCAUUCACCAAGAUUUAGUUUAAUACCAAGCAUUAUACAAUGGAACAUUUCAGAACAAUCUGCGUAUUUUAAACGCUAUAAUCCUUAGACAAGUCAAGUAAAUGAAAUGCCUGUGCUGCUAAUAUGAUUACAGUACAUGCAUUUUAAAAGUAUAUAGUGUUUUUAAUACAAAUUUUGGCAGCAGAGCAUGUUGAUUGUUACUUUCACUGUACUGAUCUGUGUGAGGCUUUCAUUUGUAUGUUCUAAACCAGUUUUUUCACAGCUGGUUUGUGUAUAUAUAGUGAUUAUGAAAACUAAUUCUGUGUAAUUUAUAAUUUUCUAUGUCAGUGUAAAAUUCCAACAGCCUUCUCAAACAAACAGAAGCAAUAUACUGUAUAUUGCCACAUUGUCUGGUGAAAGGGUUAAAGUACUUCACCUCCUGCACUUUUAGAUGCAAAUCCAUUUUUGUUUCUGUAAUAGUUAUAUUCAUUUAUUUUUUACAUCAUUUGUUUUCCUGACCAGUAUUUAAAGCCAAAAGGAUACUCUAAACAAUGGCCAAUGUUUUAUUUUAGAAGGCAUCCCAAGCAACGUGCCUAAACAUUACAUUGCAUACAGAAAUAAAAAAACAAACACAUAUGUAUAAUGGCAUUACCCUUAUUGCUUCCUCUCUUGCAUUUUCUGCAGCAAAUUUCAGUGGCAGUUGUCGUUGCGAACUGUGACAAACUGAUCGGUUGUGUGAAAAUGGUGGGGGGGAAAAAACAAGUAGCAUUGGUGAAAUCGGUAACUAUGGUUGCUCUUUAUACAUAAUAUACAUAUAUAAAAAGAAUAUUUACCUUAUAAAUAAUGGAAUCCAGUCAUUUUCUAAGUUGUUUCUUCUUCAGUUCAGAAUUACUUCUAGAUCAGCUUGACCAAAAAUGUUUUGUAUAUUAGCUUUAAGGUUGGCAGCUGUCUUUUUAUCACUUUCUGAUCUGUUACUGAACAAGCAGUUUCGGAAACAAAACCAUGCACUUCAACACAGGAAUUGCAAUCCGAGUAGAAAAUCCAAAUACAAGAGGGCAGUGUGUUGGCUUACAUAAUUUUGAUGCUUAUAAGAAAUAAAACUUUUGUCCUUUCCA